GAGUGUUCAUUGAUCGUCCAUUGCUUGUUGACACUUUUUUCCCGGACUUUUUUUGUUGUUGUUCUCUAUUCUCACACAAUUUUGGGGAAAAAAGUAUUUUCUAGUCAAACAUGCCAACUCAAUCCAGGUAUUUUGUUCCAGUCAAAAAGGGAGAUUUCUCUUGGAUUGGAGAAGGAAUCCUUGUUGGUGAUAGGCGCAGCAAAGAAAAACAUUACAAAGCUUUUCAAUUAAAUGGCGAAAAUUAUAAAAUAGGCAACUAUGUAUAUAUUUCAAAUGAAGAUAUUAUUGAUGGUGGUUUGGAUUCAUCUUUCAUUGCUCAGAUUAAAGACCUUUAUUCCAAGAUAAGAGGAGAUUAUGAUAUUGGUGAUAAUUAUGCUGUUGUCAGAUGGUUCUGGAGACAAUCAGAAAUUGGAGAAUCUCUUCGCAAGAAAUGUUGUCAGCAAUCUGCUGCCAAUGAAAUAUUCCUCAACAGUGCAUCGUUCUUCGACACAGAAGUGGUUAUCGAGACAAUUGUUGGGAAAUGCAAGGUUCAGUUUUGCUCCAUGAGUGGUAUAAAGAAGAAUAAAAAUGGGAUUCCAGAUCAUUCAUAUGUGGUUGCACGGUCUUGUGAUGGACGCAAUAUCAAGGAACUACCAUCAUCAUUUUCCAACAACAAAAAAUUUCCAGUAUCUGAUGAUUGUUCGGAUUCAGAAUCAGAUUCUGGUUCUGAAACUCCCACAGAAGAUUCAAAUUCUGUUAGAAAAUCUUCGCACCAUGGCAGGAAUUUAAGAUCACCUAAGAUGCUGCAGUCACCUGUGGUUCCACUCCAGGGAAGCAUUUUUAAGGAGAAGAAAUCAAAAAGCAAACUGCAAAGCAAUUCAACAACAUCAAGAAAAUUUAAAUGUUCCCAAGUAGUUGACAUGCUGGAUGAUGAUUCUGACAGCAGUUCUGAUAUGUCAGACAUGAGUGAGAGUUCAGAAGCUUCCAGAGAAAAUGGCCGUCAAUUAAACGGUCAGUCAAAAUCCAAUACAAAAUUGAAUACAAAUCUAGAUACUCCUCCAGCUGACACAAGAAAUAAAACUCCCAAGAAUGAUUCGUCAGCAAUUAAGAACCAUCAUGCAGAAAAAACUCCUAAAGUAAGAAGUGUACGUCGAGGGCUGGUCGAAGAAUUUGAAACAGUCAAGAGGAAUCAAUUUAGUCUCACUCUAAGGAGGAAGGUAGCAUCUGUUGAUCUUGUGAAUCUUUUGGAUGAAGCAAGUUCUGAAGAAGAUAGUUUGGAUUCAGAUAGUAUGUCCAGUGUUAAAUCAAAAGAUUCAAGGCUGUCUGCAAAAGUUGCUCCUGAUGAGAAAAGGAAACUUAGAGGAACUGAUAAAAACAACAAUACUCCAUUAAAGGUCAAAGUUGAAACCAAAACAAAGAACAACAGUGUGUCAAAGAGUAAGAUAAAAUCUGAAGAAUUUAACAAGAAAUCAGUGACUGUCAAACAUGAGACUCCAUUGAAGUUACAACUUGAUGACAGUACAUUGCGCAAGUCUAGUCGCAAAAGAAAGUUGGUCUCAAGAUACAAUGGUGAGAAUGAGGAGAAGAAAGCAGACAGUCUUCGAGUGAAACAAAAUUUGUCCUCAAAGAAAUCAAGUCAGAAAGAGAAAGUGUCCAAAAAGUCAGAAUCAUCUGAUUUGUCUUCUGAUGAAUACAGCCCUUCCAGUGAUUCUGAAAAUGAUGACACUUUUGAUGAUGAUGAUGACUUUGUGAUAAGCAAAAGGACCCCACGAUCUUCUGUAAAGAAAAAAAUUUUGAGUGAACGAAAAACUUCCAAGUCUUCGAAAAGUAACAAGAAAAUAAGAACUCCCGGUGUCCCAGAACGAGUGAAACCAAUGUCUAAAUCUGGUGAUGUAUUUGAAGUAGCUCGAGGCAGACUUCAUGUUUCUGCAGUUCCUGAGUCACUACCAUGCAGAGAAAAAGAAUUUGCAGAUAUUUAUUCAUUUGUGGAAGGUAAAAUCCUUGAUGGAACUGGAGGGUGUAUGUACAUAUCUGGUGUACCUGGUACUGGAAAGACUGCCACAGUGCAGGAAGUUAUUCGUAACUUAAGAGAAGCUUCUGAGGCUGGUGAUAUUGGAAUGUUCCGGUAUAUCGAACUGAAUGGAAUGAAGUUAACAGAACCCCAUCAAGCUUAUGUCCAACUUUUAAAGCAAUUGACUGGACAGAAGACCAGUGCUGAACAUGCUGUAGACAUUCUUCAUAAAAGAUUCAACAAUUUAGCACCAAGAAGAGAAACCAAUAUUCUACUUGUUGAUGAGCUUGAUUUACUGUGGACAAGAAAACAAGAUGUUAUGUAUAAUAUAUUUGAUUGGCCAUCAAAGCCUCAUGCCCGACUUGUGGUACUUGCUGUAGCAAACACCAUGGAUUUACCUGAACGCAUCAUGAUGAGACGAGUUUCUAGCCGUCUUGGACUUACUCGAAUGACUUUUCAGCCUUACACUUUCAAGCAGCUUCAGCAAAUUGUUCUGUCUCGACUACAAGGACUGAAAGCAUUUGAUGAAGAUGCCAUCCAGCUAGCUGCACGCAAAGUUGCAGCUGUGUCUGGAGAUGCACGUCGUGCGUUAGACAUCUGCAGGAGAGCUACUGAAAUAGCAGGACGCAAGAAUUCUGAUAAUACAGGGCAGAAACUAGUGGGCAUGUCACAUGUGAAUCAAGCGUUACAGGAAAUGUAUUCAUCUAGCCAGGUUUCUGCUAUCAGAAAUGCAUCUGAACAAGAGCAACUAUUCCUUAGAGCCAUUAUUGCAGAGUUCCAGCGUUGUGGCUUGGAAGAAGCACAGUUUUCCAAGCUUUACACUCAACACAUUUCUCUUUGCAGGUUAGAAGGUCUUCCGCCACCCACAUUUUCUGAAUUGUUUUCAAUCUGUUCCCGCCUGAGCUCUAUGAAAAUUUUAUUAUCCGAACAUGGCCAGAUGGAUUUACAGAUGAAGGUCCGAUUAAACAUCAGCCAAGAUGACGUUUUGUUUGCCAUGAAGGAUAUAGACUUAUAAUACAACAUACUACUUCAUUAUUUUUAUGUCUUUCUGAAGUCAUGACAGAAAAUUUUUUUUGUUGUUUUUUUUUUUCGUUUUACUCUUUCUUCAUUCACAUGUAUAAUAUUGUUCCAAAUGUAAAUAGUUUUAAACUUAGUCACAUUUAUUUUUAAGGCUAUGGACAUCAGAAUCGGCAGAGCAUUAGACAACAUGACUUUCAGUAUUCUGGGGGUUUUUUUUUCCUCUCUUCAUCCAUGUGUAAUAAUAUUGUCUCAAAUGUAAAUAGUUUUAAAUUUAGUCACUUUUGUUUUUAAAGUUAUGGACAUCGGAUUCAGUAGAGCACUAGACAACAUGACUCUCAAUAUUGUUAUUUUUUUCUCUGUCUCUAAUGUAAAUAGUUUCAAGUUGUUUUAGUUGUUUUUAUUUUUAAAGGAUACUAACAUCAGAAUCAAUGGAGCACCAAACAAGCAUGACUUAUAUUCUGUUAUGUUUCUUUACAUUCUAAAUUCAAAAAUCUUACUUGAAAUAAUUUUGCCCCUUCAAUCCUGUGUCUGUGUUAAUAAUUGCUAUUACUGAAACAGAACAUUAACCCUUGAGUAUUUAAAUUAGCUAUAUCUGCCCCAAAUAUUUUACCUUUUUUGUGUUCAAACUAGCCAGAUCUGCCUUCCCAUACCUACCCUGCAAUGUCAUCAUCAUCAUCAUCAUUUAACGUCCGCUUUCCAUGCUAGUAUGGGUCGGACGAUUUGACUGGGGACUGGCGAACCAGAUGGCUACACCAGACUCCAAUCUGAUCUGGCAGAGUUUCUACUGCUAGAUGCCCUUCCUAACACCAACCACUCCGAGAGUGUAGUGGGUGCUUUUUACGUGCCUCCAGCACAAGGGCCAGUCCAGCAGUGCUGGCAACGGCCACGCUCAAAUGGUGUUUUUACAUGCCACCUGCACAGGAGUCAGUCUAAUGUUUUGUUCACAUGCCACCGGCACAAGUGCCAAACAAUCACACUAUCAAAAUCUCAAAGCUACUAGAUGAUGCAUGAAUAAUUAAAAGCAAUGUGAAUAAAUAAGCAUUACAUUUGACAGAAUAAUAUGAAUGCUAAAGGAUUAAUGUCAGAUAAUAGUGGACUGGCUGAAUUUACACUAUUUGUACCAGCAGUUUAUGUUCUGAGUUCUGGGGAUAAAUAAGAUAAAACACCAGUCAAAUAUUGAGGUCAAUUUAACUGACUAUUCCCCUUACCCCUUUCCGAUCUUGUGCCUACAUUAGAAGCAACAUCAGAUGCAAAGUUUUAGUAACUUUCUUUAUGACAGUUGCAGUGAAGUAGGUCUCUAGGAGGCUAGUUUACUACUUGAGGGGCUGGUUAUUUGUUUCUGUUACUGGCACUGUGAGUUACAUAUAACCUUUGCAAUGAUUCAUUUCACUCACUAUGGUAAUUAGUACCAUAGUUGAAUAUAGUUAACUACUGUAAAUAGUAAGAGCACUAGAGUUUUGCUAGUUUUGGUACCAAGCCAAAAUCAUCCAAAGGGACCCCAGAGGAGAAGUUAACAAAAAAAACCAUUGCAUAGUAUGCUUCCUUUCAUCAUCAUCAUCAUCAUCAUCAUCAUCGUUUGAUGUCUGCUUUCCAUGCUAGCAUGGGUUGGACGAUUUGACUGAGGACUGGCAAACCAGAUGGCUGCACCAGGCUCCAAUUUGAUCUGGCAGAAUUUCUACAUCUGGAUGCCCUUCGUAAUGCCAACCACUCCAAGAGUGUAGUGAGUGCUUUUACGUGCCGUUGGCACGUGGUCCAUUCAGGCAGUACUGGCAACAGCCACGCUCAAGUGGUGUUUUUUACAUGCCACCUGCACAGGAGCCAGUCCAGCGGCACUGGCAAUGACCUCGCUCGAAUGAUUUUCUAACAUGCCACUGGCUGGUAACGAUCACGCUCGAAUGGUGCUUUUUAUGUGCCACUGGCACAGAAGCCAGUCUUCUGUACAGACAUAUUACCUAGCUUGGAAACAAGUGAGUGUUGUUGACAGGAGGCUGAGAAAUUCGCUGUAAUGUUUCACAUGGAUCAUCUACAUCCAACCAAUACUAAAGGACAUCAGAGCAUGUAUAUCAAUGACAAAGUCAUUGAUACACACUCUAGCCAUCAUUGGACUGGGCAGCUGACUUCACUGGCAGUGAGUGGUCACCGGAGAGGCUGGGGAGAAGUCUGAGACUCACAAUAUCUAAUAUCAAGGCAAUGGACAUCAAUAAAUGCUUUGUUUCAAAGACAGUAUACUAUGUGAUUUAUAAAUAAUGCAAACAAUGUGAAAUAGAUUGGCUCAGUAAAAAUGUAUAUUUGCAACCCAAUUUGAAAUUUGUGUGUUUCAAAUUUCAAUAUCUGGUAUGAUUACUGUUAUCUUUUAUGUAGUUUUAAUAUAGGGAAAUAAAUUUUGCAUACUUUAAAAUCUUUUUUUCCUCUCUCUGUAGGUAGACACACAACAGGCAGCCACUCCUACCAAAUUCUUACUAUAAAUUCUUCCUAUGACCUUAACGAUACUAUGUCCAACCACACACAUACAUAAAUAACUACACACAUACACACACGUGCUAUCAUUACAUACACACACACACCUCCUCUUGCACUCUCCUGUCUUUGAAAAGAACUUUUUCUCCACCCUUUCUCUUUUGGUCAUUCCAAUAUGUGACCGCGUGUACAUCGUCGGUGAUUUUCUUUCUCUGUCUUCCCUUCUUUGGACUUUUCCUAUAUUUCUGACGAAGAUCUCCGAUUGAAAUGUUAAAUCCUCUUUCUUUUCUUUCCUUUCCUGAGCGUCCAAUAACUCUGUACUUAUUCCACGUCCUCGCAUUGUUUUUUUUUUCAGUAAUCAACAUUAUGUUUAAUAUUAUGGAAUUUUCAAAACAAGAAUCUCAGAUGCUUAUUGUUUAGUCCAGGUCAACCUUCAGUAAAAUUUGAGGGAGAUUUGGUUGCUAUUUGUACCAGUUCAAUGGACCACACAUAUAUUUCAGUAUAAGCGGCGAGCUGGCAGAAACGUUAGCACGCUGGGCGAAAUACUUAACGGUAUUUCGUCUGCCGCUACGUUCUGAGUUCAAAUUCCGCCGAGGUCGACUUUGCCUUUCAUCCUUUCGGGGUCGAUUAAAUAAGUACCAGUUACGCACUGGGGGUCGGUAUUAUCGACUUAAUCCGUUUGUCUGUCCUUGUUUGUCCCCUCAGUGUGUAGCCCCUUGUGGGUAGUAUAGAAAUAACACAUAAAAACAUAUCCUGCUGAAGAUCAUAAUAAACUAAAUUUUGUAAUGGUUUUAAAACUGUAAACUAUGUAAAUAAUCAAGAAAAAUGUGCAUUUCAUUGGAAAACAAUGUUACUGUAACACAAAAUUAAAGCAAGUAUGGCACACUUUCAAGAUUAGCUAGGUAUUGCUAUCUUGUUUGGUUCCAUAUGGUAAUGUUAUAUGUUUUUGGGUACCAUUUUGCUUGUAUCUCUAUCACAAGUCCUUCACUGUACUGAACUAGAUUGCUGUCUAACCUAACAAUUUCCAAUGAUUUUACUUUUAAGGAACCUUUGGAAUGCAUUCCAUUAUCUCAAGAAAUUUCCACAUAUAAUAUUAUAUACCUUUAUUGAUAUUUUUCUUUCGUUUUCAUGAAAUUAAAUUUUGGAUGACUGUGUGGUUAAGAAGUUUGUUUCCCAACCAUAUGGUUUCCCAUUCAGUCCUAUUGAGUAGCAUCUUGGGCAAGUGUCUUCUACUAUAGAUCCAGGAAACCAAGGCCCUGUGAGUGAAUUUGGUUGAUGGAAAUGAAAAGAAGUUUAUUAUAUAGACAUACAAGGGGGUGCUACAAAGUUUCUGGCCUUGGGUAAAAGAAAAUACAGGAGGAUCAGUUAAUUAUAAUUUUACUCAACAUAUUUCCCUCUCAAGUUCACAUACUUAUUGCAGCAGUCCUUCAGUUUUUGUAAGCUCUGUAAAAGAAUUUGAAAGGUUGGGCCUCCAACCAGGCUUUUCACAAUACUUUACAGCCAGAUACUUUUCAGUACCCCUUUGUAUAUUUGUGUGUGUCCUUGUCUUGUCAUAACAUGAUGGUUUUAAAGGAGUGGCAUUAUCAUACAAGUAAUGCUUUUCAUUUCCAAUCUUCUGUGAAACAUGUCUGACCAUGAGAAAAUAUUACUUUGCUUGGAAACUGGUCACACAGACACAUACAUAUAUGUAUAUACAAGAAAUUUCUUUCAGUUUCCAUCUACCAAAACCACUCAAAGCAUUUCUUGGCCCAGGUCUAAAGUAGCAGACACUUACCCAAGGUGCUGCACAGUGAGACUGAAGCCACAUGGUUAAGAAGCAAGCUUCUUUUAACCACUUUUUUUCCUCCAUCCAGAAGUGAUUCAAUAUGCAUUUAAUUUCGAUAUUAAAAAAUUUUUUUUAUAUAACUCUAAGGGUUCCAGGAAACUCUGGUUGGGAAAUGUUGGCCUAACCAAUCAACUCGGUAAUAGUGGAAAGAUGUUAUUUAGCUAGCCUUUGUCAGACAAAUCUGUGAGCAAGGCAAUUUCUGCCAUAACUGUCUCAUUUCUUUAUAGUGUAUCUAAGACUAUAUUAUGUGAUGUGACUUUGUUUUGUUUUUUUAAGGUGAUAAUAGUGUGAUUUGAAGGGAAAAUGUCUGCUAUUUCUAGUAGGCUUCCUCAUUGUUUUCCCCGGAUAAGCCCUGGUCCUGCAUACUUGUGAUCAAAUGUUCCAGCUAUGACCAUCCUGUCUUGUUUUCCAAAUGUAUUAUAUCUAGGAUUGUGGAGGCGCAAUGACCCAGUGGUUAGGGCAGCGGACUCGCAGUCAUAGGAUUGCGGUUUCGAUUCCCAGACCAGGCGUUGUGAGUGUUUAUUGAGCAAAAACAUCUAAAGCUCCACGAGGCUCCAGCGGAGGAUGGUGGCGAACCCUGCUGUACUCUUUCACCACUACUUUCUCUCACUCUUUCUUCCUGUUUCUGUUGUGCCUGUAAUUCAAAGGGUCAGCCUUGUCACACUGUGUCACGCUCAAUAUCCCCGAGAACUACGUUAAGGGUACACAUGUCUGUAGAGUGCUCAGCCACUUGCACGUUAAUUUCACGGGCAGGCUGUUCCAUUGAUCGGAUCAACUGGAACCCUCGACAUCGUAAGCGACAGAGUGCCAACUACUACUACUAUAUCUAGGAUUACAUUAUCAUGAUCUUUUCUAAGACAGUAGGAUGUUAUUUGAGAGAAAUUUUGCAAUUAUUUCUAGCAGGUUAAACAAUUAUAAAGGCUUCCUUGUCAGCUCAUAGUCGUAGUGAAUAAUUUGGUAAUAGUUCACUGAAGAGAGCAUGGAUGGCUAGGUGGACUCAAGAUGACCAACCAAAGAUAUCAUCUGUCUUUCACACCCUAUCACCAACAAAUUAUGUUUGUGUCCGCUAUAAGGGCGCAUAAUUCAGCCUGCUAGUUAUUAACAGAUACCAUAGAUCAGGAGUAAACAGGUUCAACUCCAAGCGAGGGUAUAAUAGCAUAGAGAGGGAUGUGCUCUGCUGGUUUCACAAGACCCAUUCUCAAUACAUUGUCUGAAGAGGGUUAACAAAUGCAAGAAAUAGGGGAAUAAAUGAUAGCAUUGGUGUGGAAUUUUGGGAUUGAUGUUCCUCAAGUCCUAUGCUUCGUUAGAAGAGAAGAGUUUUUCUCUUCAUUUUUUUUUUUUUUUGUAUUGUUUCAUGCAAUGGAAAUUGCAUGACUUUGAAUAAUAAAAAAAAAGACUUUUU